CGCGGGCCGCCGGCGAUGACAGCCAUGAAGCAGGAGCAGCAGCCCACCCCGGGGGCCAGGGCGAGCCAGGCGCAGCCGGCGGACCAGGAACUGGGAAGUAACAGCCCUCCACAGAGAAACUGGAAGGGGAUUGCUAUUGCCCUGCUGGUGAUUUUAGUUGUAUGCUCACUCAUCACUAUGUCAGUCAUCCUCUUAACCCCAGAUGAACUCACAAAUUCAUCAGAAACUAGAUUGUCUUUAGAAGACCUCUUCAGGAGAGACUUUGUGCUUCAUGACCCAGAAGCUCGGUGGAUCAAUGAUACAGAUGUGGUGUAUAAAAGCGAGAAUGGACAUGUCAUUAAACUGAAUAUAGAAACAAAUGCCACCACAUUAUUAUUGGAAAACACAACUUUUGUAACCUUCAAAGCAUCAAAACAUUCAGUUUCACCAGAUUUAAAAUAUGUUCUUCUGGCAUAUGAUGUCAAACAGAUUUUUCAUUAUUCCUAUACUGCUUCAUAUGUGAUUUACAACAUACACACUAGGGAAGUUUGGGAGUUAAAUCCUCCAGAAGUAGAGGACUCCAUCUUGCAGUAUGCGGCCUGGGGUGUCCAAGGGCAGCAGCUGAUUUAUAUUUUUGAAAAUAAUAUCUACUAUCAACCUGAUAUAAAGAGCAGUUCAUUGCGACUGACAUCUUCUGGAAAAGAAGGAAUUAUCUUUAAUGGGAUUGCUGACUGGUUAUAUGAAGAGGAACUUCUGCAUUCUCACAUUGCCCACUGGUGGUCACCAGAUGGAGAAAGGCUUGCCUUCCUGAUGAUAAAUGAUUCGUUGGUGCCUAACAUGGUUAUCCCUCGAUUUACUGGAGCAUUGUAUCCCAAAGGAAAGCAGUAUCCAUAUCCUAAGGCAGGUCAAAUGAACCCAACCAUCAAAUUAUAUGUUGUAAACCUAUAUGGACCAACUCAUACUUUGGAACUCAUGCCACCUGACAGCUUUAAAUCAAGAGAAUAUUAUAUCACCAUGGUUAAAUGGGUAAGCAAUACCAAGACGGUGGUCAGAUGGUUAAACCGGCCUCAGAACAUCUCCAUCCUCACGGUCUGUCAGACUACCACUGGCGCUUGCAGUAGAAAAUAUGAGAUGACAUCAGAUACUUGGCUCUCCAAACAGAAUGAGGAGCCGGUGUUUUCUAGAGAUGGCAGUAAAUUCUUUAUGACAGUUCCUGUUAAGCAAGGGGGCCGUGGAGAAUUUCACCACAUAGCGAUGUUUCUCGUCCAGAGUAAAAGUGAGCAAAUUACCGUGCGGCAUCUGACAUCAGGAAACUGGGAAGUGAUAAAGAUCUUGGCAUACGAUGAAACUACUCAAAAAAUUUACUUUCUGAGCACAGAGUCUUCUCCCCGAGGGAGGCAACUGUACAGUGCUUCUACUGAAGGACUACUGAAUCGUCAAUGCAUUUCAUGUAAUUUUAUGAAAGAACAAUGUACAUAUUUUGAUGCCAAUUUUAGUCCUAUGAAUCAACAUUUCUUAUUACUCUGUAAAGGCCCAGGUGUCCCAGUGAUCAGUCUACAUAGCACGGAAAAUCCAGCAAAAUAUUUUAUAUUGGAAAGCAAUUCCAUGCUGAAGGAAGCUAUCCUGAAGAAGAAGAUAGUAAAGUCAGAAAUUAAAAUGCUUCACAUUGACGACUAUGAACUUCCUUUACAGUUGUCCUUUCCCAAAGAUUUUACGGACCGAAACCAGUAUGCUCUUCUGUUAAUAAUGGAUGAAGAACCAGGAGGCCAGCUGGUUACAGAUAAGUUCCAUAUUGACUGGGAUUCAGUACUUGUUGACACAGAUAAUGUCAUCACAGCACGAUUUGAUGGCAGAGGAAGUGGAUUCCAGGGCCUGAAAAUUUUGCAGGAGAUUCAUCGAAGGCUAGGUUCAGUGGAAGUGAAGGACCAAAUAGCAGCUGUGAAAUUUUUACUGAAACAGCCAUACAUUGACUCCAAAAGAUUAAGCAUUUUUGGAAAGGGGUAUGGUGGCUAUAUUGCAUCAAUGAUAUUAAAAUCAGAUGAAAAGCUUUUUAAAUGUGGAUCAGUGAUUGCACCCAUCACAGACUUGAAGUUGUACGCCUCAGCCUUCUCUGAAAGAUACCUCGGUAUGCCAUCUCGGGAAGAAAGCACUUACCAGGCAUCCAAUGUGCUACAUAAUAUUCAUGGCUUAAAAGAAGAAAAUAUAUUAAUAAUUCAUGGGACUGCUGACACAAAAGUCCAUUUCCAGCAUUCAGCAGAAUUAAUUAAACACCUAAUAAAAGCUGGAGUGAAUUAUACUAUGCAGGUCUACCCAGAUGAAGGCCAUAAUGUAUCUGAGAAGAGCAAGUAUCAUCUCUACAGCACAAUCCUCAGAUUCUUCAGUGAUUGUUUAAAGGAAGAAAUCCCUGUGUUACCACAGGAACCGGAAGAAGAUGAAUAAUGGACCCUAUUUAUAUAGAACUGAAGGGGAUCUUGAAGCUCAAUGAAACCUAACCAAGAGACUGUAAUAUUGUACAUGCUCCAGAAUUUCAAGGGCAGCUUAAGGAGAUGACACUGGAACAGCACACUCAGAGACAAUGAACUAGAAUUUGAAUACAGAUGUCCUAGUCUACUGUGUUGCCAAGGGUGCAGAACCUGUUUCUUUGUGUAAGGAAGGUCAAAGGGUUGGUUUCCAGGGAGAAAUUAGUUUUGCAUUAAAGUAGGAGUAGUGCAUGUUUUCUUCUGUUAUCCCCCAAUUUGUUCUGUAACUAGUUGCUCUCAUUUUAAUUUCAGUGGCCACCAUCAUCUUUGCAUAUGAUGCAUACUUAUCAGUACCACAUCCCUGAUCUUUGAUGGCUGAGCUGCAACCUAACACCUUACUGUAUCUUUACAAUAAGUGCAAUUCCUUCAUUGUCUAUUAUUAUGCUUAAGAAAAUAUUCAGUUAAUAAAAAACAGAGUAUUUUAUGUAAUUUCUGUUUAUAAAAAGACAUUAUUAAAUGGGUCAAAGGUCAUGUAGAAAUAUGGAUUUCAGCACCUUCCAAAAUUCAGCCAGUUAUCAGUAGAUACAGUAUCUUUAAAUCAACACACGAGUGUAUGUCUCACAAUAUAUAGACACACGUGUGCAUAUACAGUCAAUAAAUCUAUCUUUACAUGUUAUUCAUGCUACAAAGGAUAAACUUCUGAUGAAUUAGAAGAGAUGCUCUUUUCCAGGCUAUAAUGGAUGCUUUGUUUAAUGAGCCAAAAAUGAUGAAACAUUUUUUCCAACUCAGAUUCUAGCUAUUGCUUUCCUAUAAAUGUUUGGGUUGUGUUUGGUAUUGUUUUUAGUGGUUAAUAGUUUUCUAGUUGCGAUUUAAUUUUUUGAAUAUGAUACCUUGUCACAUGCAAAUUAGAUACUUAAAUAUUAUAGUUUCUGAUAAAGAAAUUUUGUUAACAAUGCAAUGCCACUGAGUGCUAUUUUGCUCUUUUGGUGGAGAAGGCUUUUUUUAAAACACUUGGUCCUUUCACUUCUCUCUCUCAAGCAGAAUCAAUUCUCAUUUUCAUUGUAAAAGCAAAGAGCUGGAUUAUUUCAUUUGCCAGUUCCUAUUUAGUAUUCUGUGCCUGCUCACUUCAUCUGUUACUGUUUAAUUUAAAUCCUUUUGGUGAGAAUUAGAAAUGAAAUAUUUUUUAUUCAUUGGCCAAAAAAGUUCACAAACAGCAGUGUUUGAUAUUUAAUUUGAGUUGAAGGCACAAAUGCAUUAAUUCCUGUGCUGUAUUGACUUGCAGUAGUAAGUAACUGAGAGUGUAAAAUAAACUUGACUGUAUGAAGUCAAAUUUAAGUCAUGAGAAUAUUAAAUUUGGUGACUAAAAUCACUUUUGGUGACUUAAGGGAUCUUUUGGAAGAUGUCUGAAAGUCUGUAAUCGAGCUUAGAAGUUUAGAUAAACCUAGGCAGUGUACUGUGUUUUUGUGGUUUCUCUAAAAUUCCUCAGGACAGGCUGGAUUCUCAUGACAUCAAGACACCAGGAGGAAAAUCAAAAAUGUCACAGAACCGCUCAGUAACUCUCCCAUUUUCUUGAAGGAUCAACCCCCAAAUCUGGGUAUUUUGAAGCAUAUAAAUUGUUUUUUGGAUAUUCGACUUUUCUUCUGGAUGCUUUGGAAUUGUGUCUUCACUGCUCAGCUGGAUUCAGUUUAAAAUGGGAAAGGCUCACUUUUCUGAGAGACCCAUUUCAGGUCUUUUUCAAGAAUAGUAAACACAUUUUUUAAAAAAUAAGUUUAAUGUUAAAAAGGAAAGUUUUGCCUAUUUUAUUAAGAUGGAAAUUUCUUUUUAGGCUGAUUUGAAGUCCAACUGAAGCUUUUUAAUCACUAUUUUAAAUUUCAACCACUAGAGUUUUUUAUGAUGCAAGUAAUUAUGUUGUCUGAAAGAUGUGGUUUUAUUGAAUGUCUAUUUGAGCAACAUUUUAAAAGUAUUUACCUUUUACUGUUCAUCAUUUCUCUUGUUUUAUUACUAUUAUCAAUGUUUAUCUAUCUUUCAAUUAAUUUAAUACAGUUUCUAAUGUGAAAGACAUUUGUCUGGAACCCACUUUCACCUUAAAGGCUAAAUGGAUCUCAAAUGAAGACAUACUGUUUAAUAGGAAGGUGGAAAUUUUUCAUCUCCAUGAUUCUUUGAGUUUUAAUCAUUGGGCCACUUUAGAAAAGGGAAUGCUUACCUACACAGACACCAACUAUUAAAGGAAUCACAUAACAACUUUGUCCUUUAUACAUUUGCCUUUGGUUAUAUCCAACUAUUUCAUGUGAAUUUGUGCAUUCUGAGGGUUUCCUAGAACUCCAGAAUCAAGCUUUUCAAGUGUGAUUUGCCCUUUAAAGUUAA